GGAAAUCCUCUGCAAGCGGCACUGCAUCAACAUCAUCCUCGAAUAAAGCGCUGCUGGGAGCUGCAGCUCCAGGUGAUAAUCAAGAGCAGGAAUUUUUGUCUGAGCCCGACCGGCAGCUCGCGCUUGUCAGCAGGAGCGCCGCAACUGCAGCGAACGGGGGCAACUCCACCGUGCAGGAUGCAAAGGCGCUGUUGGAAAGCACGCUGGCCGUGCGGGAGGCAAAAGUGGCUCUGCAAAACGAAGGGGCAAGAAUAAACACGAAGCUGCUGCAAUUCGACGAGAAAGAGGCGAGACUGCGGAAGGAAGUAGAGUCCCUGCGAGCGGAGUUUCAACGGGUACAUUUGAUGUUUUUUACUAUCCGCAAUGCUGCGACGGUGUUUUGCGUUUGCCUGCUGCACUGCUGACGAGAAAAUCAACACUGCAUCGAUCGGUACUUCUAUAUUCGUUUGACGAUAUCGUGGUCUGGUCACCGAAGACAAAAUGAAAAUUUAUGAUAAAACGUUCUUCAUCAUCAUCUUCAGCUCCAAUCCGGGUCGGACCAGAUGAGUCGCACAGUGGCGGAGUUGCAGCGCCUUGGCGAAACGAGGAUCAAAGACUUGCAAACCAAAGUGCAGCAAGCUGUGACCCCGCGGUACCCGGGGAUGCCGCCUCCCGGGCCCGCAGGCGGAGUGAAUAGUUCGACGUCGCAAC